UUCAUCAUGAUUCAGCUCUUUCAAGUUGAUGCUGCUGCUCGGCCUAAUGUCAAGCUCUCUGCGGAGGUAGAGCCGUUCACCCCUCAGAAGAAGACUCUGGACCCAUUCCUGACCCCCAUGGCCCUCUCCGGCGGCGACGGGGGAGGCAUUUCUGGUGUGGAGCCGACUCCCAUCCCCAGCUACCUGAUCACCUGCUACCCCUUUGUUCAGGAAAACCAGCCCAAUAGGUCUUGCAGGCAGUUUCCUUUGUAUAACAGUGACAUCCGAUGGCAGCAGCCCAGCCCUGGCCCCACUGGACCAUACCUGGCCUACCCCAUCCUAUCCGCCCAGCCACCGGUCUCUGCGGAGUACACAUAUUACCAGCUGAUGCCAGCGCCCUGCGCCCAGGUGAUGGGUUUCUACCACCCCUGCCCUGCACCCUACUCCGGCACUUUCCAGGCAGCGAGUGCUGUCGGUGCCAUAGCCACGGAAUGCGCAGAGCGCCCAGGCCCGCUCGGCCAGGUCUUCCCGCUCUCCAGCCAUCGAGGCAGAAAUGGCAGCAGAGGGCCCAUUGUUCCAAAACAACAGCUUUUACAGCAGCAUAUAAAAAGCAAAAGGCCACUGGUGAGAAAUGUCGCUACUCAGAAGGAGACUAAUGCAGCCGGCCCCGACCAUCGGGCCAAAAUCGUGCUUCUGGUAGACGCAUCACAGCAGACUGAUUUCCCGACAGACAUCGCUAGCAAGUCCCUCUCUGAGAGCACUGCCCCCGUGCCGUGGAAGUCCAAGGGCAGAAGGAGGAGAGCAUCCCACCCCGCCGCGGAGUCCUCCAGUGAGCAGGGCGCCAGCGAGGCUGACAUCGACAGCGACAGCGGUUACUGCAGCCCUAAGCACAACAACAGCCAGCCUGCGGCGGGGGCCCUGAGAAACGCGGACCCCGGGACUGCAACUCAUGUGGAAUCAUCUCUGUGUACAGGUGGUGUAAAUUGGACCAAUGUAACUUGCCAGGCAAUUCAGAAAAAACCUUGGAUGGAAAAAAAUCAGACGUUUUCUAGAGGUGGAAGGCAAACUGAACAAAAAAAUAAUUUACAGGUUGGUUUCAGGUGCCGAGGACACAGUACCUCUUCAGAAAGAAGACACAGUCUGCAAAAGAGACCAGACAGUACUAAGCACUUAAACCCCAGUCAGUCCCAUAGAAGCGAUGCGAAUUCUGAGUCUUUGUAUUUUGAGGACGAAGACGGAUUUCAGCAACUAAAUGAGAAUGGCAGUGCGAAGGACGAGGAUAUUCAGCAGAAGCUUUCUUCAAAAGUACUCGAUGAUUUGCCUGAAAACUCGCCAAUCAGUAUAGUUCAGACUCCGAUUCCCAUCACCACCUCCGUCCCUAAGCGUGCAAAGAGUCAGAAGAAGAAAGCUCUAGCAGCAGCUCUUGCCACAGCUCAGGAGUAUUCAGAAAUAAGCAUGGAGCAGAAGAAACUACAGGAAGCCUUAUCAAAAGCAGCUGGGAAAAAAAACAAAACCCCCGUGCAGCUGGACUUAGGGGACAUGUUAGCUGCCCUGGAGAAGCAGCAGCAAGCGAUGAAGGCACGGCAGAUCACCAACACCAGGCCUCUGUCCUGCGCUGUGGUUACCACGGCUGCUUUCCACACUAAAGACUCUGCCACGAGAAAACCUUUAACCAAAAGUCAGCCCUGUUUGACAUCCUUUAGCACUUUGGACAUGAGUUCCUCUAAAGCAAAAAAAGGAAGAGAGAAGGAAAUUGCAAAACUAAAAAGGCCCACAGCCCUUAAAAAGGUUAUUCUGAAAGAAAGAGAGGAAAAGAAGGGCCGUUUAACAGUGGACCACAGUCUCUUAGGAUCUGAGGAGCCAACAGAACCACCUCUGGAUUUUAUGGAUGAUUUGCCGCGGGAGGACCCCUCCCAGGAAGAUAACGGACUGAGCAUGCCCAGCGAUGCCUCGCUCUCCCCAGCGAGUCAGAACUCUCCGUAUUGUAUGACGCCUGUGUCCCAAGGCUCUCCUGCGAGUUCCGGGAUAGGUAGCCCAAUGGCAUCGUCCACAAUCACCAAGAUCCACAGCAAGAGAUUCAGAGAGUACUGCAACCAGGUUCUCUCCAAAGAGAUUGACGAGUGCGUGACGCUCCUCCUGCAGGAGCUGGUCAGCUUCCAGGAGCGUGUCUACCAGAAGGACCCUGCGCGGGCCAAGGCCAGGCGCCGGCUGGUCAUGGGGCUGCGGGAGGUCACCAAGCACAUGAAGCUGAGCAAGAUCAAGUGUGUCAUCAUCUCUCCCAACUGCGAGAAGAUCCAGUCCAAGGGUGGCCUGGAUGAGGCGCUGUAUAAUGUUAUAGCUAUGGCUCGGGAACAAGAAAUUCCUUUCGUAUUUGCCCUUGGGAGAAAAGCUCUGGGGCGCUGCGUGAACAAGCUGGUUCCUGUCAGUGUAGUGGGGAUCUUCAACUACUUCGGUGCUGAGAGCCUCUUUCAUAAGCUGGUGGAGCUCACAGAGGAGGCCCGAAAGGCUUACAAAGACAUGGUCGCAGCCAUGGAGCAGGAGCAGGCCGAGGAGGCCUUGAGGAACGUGAAGAAGGUGCCGCACCACAUGGGCCACUCCCGGAACCCGUCCGCGGCCAGCGCCAUCUCCUUCUGCAGCGUGAUUUCCGAGCCCAUCUCUGAGGUCAACGAGAAGGAGUACGAAACCAAUUGGAGAAACAUGGUGGAGACCUCGGAUGGGCUGGAGGCAUCAGAAAACGAGAGGGAGGCCUGUGGUCAGCAGUGUGCUUCCGAGAGGCCAGGCAGGUUCCCGCCUGUGCCUGCUCCGGCAGGGAAGCGGCCAGCCCUGAGCCCCGCAGCCCCAGGCAACACUGCUUCCGCCCCCAGCCCUGGGAAGGCUGGGGCUGGCGACAAGGAGGAGGUGAGGCCGGAUGAGCUGGAAUGGGCUUCCCAGCAGAGCACGGAGACCGGCUCCCUGGAUGGCAGCUGCCGGGACCUGCUCAGCUCGUCCAUCACCAGCGCUACCAGCACUCUGGUACCUGGCAUGCUUGAGGAGGAGGAGGACGAGGAGGAGGAAGAGGAGGAAGAGGACUACAGCCACGCGCCCAUCUCGGUGGAGGUGCAGCUCAACAGUCGGAUUGAGUCCUGGGUCUCGGAGACCCAGAGGACUAUGGAAACCCUGCAGCUGGGGAAGAGCCUAGCGGGGCCCGAGGAGGACCGUGCGGAGCAGAGUGCAGAUGAGGACGAGGAGGCGCCUGAGGGGCUGGAGCCUGGGCCGGACACUGUGGCCUGGACUCCGGAUCACCAGGCCACGCCCGACCUGCAGAAGCCCAGCAGCUGCGGGACCGCGAGCCAGGAGCCUGCAGAGCCCAGCCCUGCACCCCAGCACGUGUAACUCAGGAACCAACAGCUCUGGGGCACAGGCCGCACCGCCCGGAAGUCAUCUUGGCCACACCUCUGCUCCCAGCUGGUAUUUCUAUAGCACUUAACUGUCUCGCUCCAAUCUGUAGCUUAGCUUUUAAUUUGCAUCUGGGUGUCUAAGAAUCUGCGAAAUUCAGAUCUGUUUCAACUUCUUUUGUAAUGAAAAAUGUUUAAAAAAGGAAGACCAAGUUUGAAGGGAAGUAAAUUUAAAAUGCCUGUUUAAGUCAUUUUGAAAGCUAGAGAUCAGGUUCUGAGGAUUAGUGUAGUUGCCAGUGUUUGUUUCAGGACUCUGGUUCCUUCACUCCAGUUGUCUGAUCAGAGAGUCAUUCAUGCAUCUUUCAAAAAGAGCUGGAGACAGGCUCAAAGGACUGGGUGGGAGGCUGAGGGCCACAGGCCCACAAGGAAUCAAGCCAAUGCUGCCUUCCUGUGGGCCACAGCGCACGUUUAGUCACCGAUCCUCAUUCUCCUUGAAGCGCGAGGAGGCUGACAGGGCCUCCCAGGCUUACGCGGGCGGAGGUUACCAGGAGCCUGGUGUGUGUCAGCAGGGUGGCACCCAGGAGGACCUCUGGGUUCAGUCUCAGACUUGCUUUCUGCUUACCUCAGGAACGGUCUUGUACAUAGUCUGUUUACAUAAAGACAGGUGAGGAACUGUGACGGCUGGCCGCGUGACGGCAGCACUUACGUAGGCUCCUGGUGUGUUCUCACUGGCCCGGUUCAGGACUCGCUCGAGAUACAGAUCAGAUGGGGUAUUGACACGUGUCCUGAGUGCAAAACUGCUUCAUCUCUUUGAAAAUAUGCAUUUUGUGCCUGGCCUUGGGCACCUUCCACACGGCAGUGACCAUAGUUACUGACAGGAAGUCAGGGAAAGGAAUUUUGCACAACUUCUAAGGUUAUCCUGAUGAUCAAGGCUUAGAAGAUGAGGUUUUAAAAGAGAAAGUCGUUUUAAUUGUGCUGAACCUAUUAGAUGAUUUAGAGUAGAAAGAUAUAUGCAUGUAUUCAUUUUUUAGCCAUUUAUGUAUCUUGGUCCUUCUAGGAAUGUGGGUACUGUUCUGGAGAAGCUUAGCCCAGUGAGCUAAACAUCUGCUUGCUGGUUGGUCGGCGCCUGGGCCUUCGUGGUCCUGACCAGUGCAGUAGUGCGGGGAGAAUUAGAGCGAUGCACUUUCCUCUCCCGUCCACCUCCUCCUGCCUCCCCAGUGGCCCCCACACGCACACGGCACGCGCCGCGUGGCACGCUCACCAGCGCCCUCCCAGGCUCCUGUACACAGACAGCGAGGAGGGAGGUUCCCCCAGCUGGCUCCCAGAGGCAGGAAGGCAGAGGCGGGGACUGCUUGCCUGAACUCCCUGGGGUGCUGUGCUGCUCCUUGUGCUUUGUAAUGCUGGCCCAUCACUGCUAGAGAGGCCGGGCUCAGGGUGGCAGUGUAGGAUUCGUGGGAAGGCGAGGGGCACUCGUCAGCUUGCCUAGGGUGCCCACAGGGCGGUGGCCCGCAGGCCCGCCCACACCGCAGAAAGUACCCACCUUGAAAGGCACACAGCUGGUAAGGAAUGAAGCCCCUGCAGUGACCUGGACUCAGACGCGGCAGACCUUACUGUCUCCAUAGGUUUGGAAGCGUCCGUGCAUUUAAAGAAAUGACAGAGGUUUUGAGCUACUGACAGUCCUGAGAGGGAGUUUUAAAACUUUUCCUACUUUUUAUAGUGUCAGUUUCCUUUGCUCAGUGACAGUGACUCAGAGGACUCUUGAUCUUAGGCAGUGGCUUUCAUAGGGUUCUUGCAGUUUUGUCUUCUGGACAAGCAUUGUUGUCUUUGAUUUUUGACAUUCGUAUCAAAAGAGGAGUUGAGGAAAGCUCCCGAGCACGGUGAGCUGACUGCCGCGGCAGGGGCAGCGUUGGCAGCCUGCUGCUGCCAGCCAGCUACGGGACCACAGCCCUUUCCUGACAGGUCCUCUGGUGGACAGCUCGAGAUUCGCCAAGAAUGCCCUACAUGCCCAUUCGUGAUGUCUUUCUCACUUGUUUCCAUUGGGUAAGGUUUGGAAUCUGUAUAUAAAAUUACGGGCUUUCUGGGACGUGUGAGAAUUAGGGAAGUUUAAUUUUUGGAAGUAGGUGUGGUUCACUUGUUGGAGGGCUAGAAAGAGAUCUAAUAGGAAGACAAAGGGUUCAUCAGCACAAAAAAUGAAUGGCGAUUUUUUCUUGGUGUGUAGAAGUUGUUUUAUUGGCAAUAACAAAUGUUAGGUUUCUCUUUCAGCAUACAGGUGUAUGACUUGCAGUAUGGGUUCCAGUCCCUGAAUUAGAUAUUUUGCUUUACUAGAUUUCUUUGCCUUGAAGAUUGCUUCUCAAAAGACAAAUGUUCUCUUAGCUUAGUUUUUGGUUUAGCUAUGUUUAUAAAUGAUGUAAUAUAUUUCUUUUGACUAAACAUAGAAAAAUAAUGUGUUAUACAUUGAAGUUUUUACAGGUUUUGCCUGGAGGUCGUUUUUGCAGAGAUGGUAUUUUAUAUGCUUCCAGUAUUUGGAAAAGAAGUAGUCAAAAGGAAUUCACAUAGUUUAAAUAUUGAUAAAUUAAUAUCCAAAUAAUGUACUUGUCUGAUUUCUUGAUCAGUUGGGGGAGGUAGGCGGGCUGGGAAUUAUGCUGUGCAGACGAGCAGUGAGCUCUACGUUCAUUUUCAACAUAAAACUGCUAAAUCGUAACACAUUGUUACUUUAAUAUAUGUAUAAAGAAGUAUUACUGUUUAUAAAGCUGCCGUUUGCUUUAAAAAGUUGUAAGUAUUUUCUGUAUGUGGUGCCAACCAGUUAGGACAUUAAUCUGCUCAAAACUUAAUUAUCUUUUUUGACUUAAGAAAUUUUCUGUGCACUAACUUAUGCAGACAUCUCUCUCUCCCUGUGUCCUUCCACUGUCACACACAUCAUAGUCAACCAGAUUUUUUGCUUACUCUGAAACAUGAACCCUAAUGAAUGGUAAAAAUGUACUUUGUUGGCACAUCACAUCUUAAAAGUAUUUGUAUAAUUUUGUAAUUUAAUUUCUAACUAUACCACACAAAUUUAUAAUUUAAUGUCUUAAUUAUUAUGCUCUAAUAAAAACUAGCGAAAUCAGUAUGAGCUGACAUGAGGGGAUUUUCAUCCCGUUCUGUUGCAGUAUGGCGGAGAAUGGUUCAGUCACAAGGGGGACACUCUGGCGGGCCCUCCUGUACUAAUAAA